AUGUUUAGCUUAGUUCAUUCUAAUUUUAACCGCACUUACAAUCCAAGUGGUAAGCAAAAUGCUUUGUGUGAUAUAAAAAGGCUGUUGACGUCACGAGAUACCGCCGCACAAGCAAAAGCCUGCGGGUAUUUGAACGAAGUUAUUAGCAAGUACGAUAAAAAUUCAAAUGAGAGAUCUCGUUUGGUGGAAUAUUUGCUUGAAAACGACAUAACGGUUUUCUUAUGUGAAGUUACAUCGAAUUUGGAUUUCAAUUUAUUCAGAUCCGUCUUGCAAUGUUUGAGACUAAUAUGGACGGAGCAACAAUUCUUUUCGGAAGAACACGCGCCACAUGCAAUGGCGGCGGUUUUACGUGCAUUAGCUCAUUUCAGUGCUAUUAAUCCUAAUGCUACAGAUGCCUGUUUGCAUUUCUUAUGUGAUUUAUUCACCGGGAUAGCAAAAUAUAAGACCACAUCGCCUCUAUCCCACCAAAGCGCUUACAACACAGAACAGCUUUUAGCGUCCUUUAACAUUUUAUCAACCCGUGUGAAUAUAAGCGCGAAUUCCAAAAGUAUUUUAUCCAGCGCUUUAGUGCUGCAAGAGUUAAUUUCUUACCAACCUGAAGAUUUACUAAUUCAGAGUAGUAUAGCGAAAGAAUUGAUAGAUAUUGUAAAGAAGUGGUUAGAAUUGUUAAUAUCAGCUUUAAAUCAUCAAGUUUUACUUGGAGAUGGCGAUAUAGGAGUGUUUUUGAUAGUUACCUGUCAAAUAGCUAUUAAUGCUUUAGGAUUGAUAAAAUUGUUCGAACAAUCGAAAAGUCCAACUGAUUUUGUGAGCCAAAUUUUAACUGAUAAGAACGAAUUUGAUACUUUGAAACAGAUUGCUUUGGAAUUAAGGGCUAUUAUUCAUCAAGCUAUAACAGAAAUGGUUGUAUUUGUUAAGGACAACAUAAAUAGUAUAGCAACAGAAGAAUAUGGUACAUUCCUAAAGUUAUUGUUGAGUUUCUAUUACGAAGCUGAUUCUGAGGCGCUCUCAGAUUUCAGCGACGUGUUACUAUCUAAAGGAUAUUUGGCUGCACUACCUAAAAUUCAAAUAGAACGCAAUGAUGCAGUAGUGCGUAAGCUAAGCACACUCAUACUAGGGGAGCUUUUAAAAGUUCUUACUGAAAAGUACUUAUUUAUUAACUUGGCUGGUUUAAACGAAUUGUGUGCUAAAGAUAUUCAAAUGGGUCUAGUGGAACUUCAAAAUGGCAUCGAAAAGCCCCAAAGUAUUGGCGUUCAAUUACAAAAGAAUCAACCCUACAGUUUAUUAAUUUAUAUUUAUUUCUACAGCCAAUCUACAGAGAAUCCAGAAGAAUCUACGGCACCUCUGUUGCCUUAUUUAGUGGAACACAUUUUGCGUCUACCAAAAUCUUUUAUACCACCCCCGUACAUUAUAAAAGCAAUUUGGCUUGUUUUUUCUAUGUCAACAAUUUCAAACGGGUCUUUAGAAUCGCUAAACGAAAGAGUAUAUUUGGAGAAAGCCGCAGAUCGUCUCGUGAGUUUCCUACAACCAGACCCUGCGGUAUACUAUACCCAUCAUCCAGCUAUUUUAUUCUGGGCAUUUACUUCUUUGAGAAUUCCGAAUUAUAUUAGAAUGAUUGUCCUUUCACAAUGGUUAAAAACGGAAACGACUCUACCAGAAGACCUUGUAAAAGAACCAUUAGUUUGGGAACUACUUCUCGAUGUUCUAACUAAAAUAAGAGAUACUGAUAUAGUAUCAAAUUGUAUGAAAUCUCUAAACUCAUGUUUGGAAGAAGGGGACGAGGGUUUUAAGGAAGAAUUCGGAGUUCUCAUUUGGUCCAUGUUGCCUGGAGUAUUGUCCAAGACCUUGAUAAACUGUGAACAUGCAAUAGACACAAACAUUUGCUAUUUCCUCGACUUAGCGACUAAUCUAUUGCCAUCGGAAUUAGAUCAAGGAGCGUGUUUGAAAAUAUCUGUGCUAUUAACUACGAUUUAUUCUAAGAACGUUCCAGAAAAUUCUAGUGACUUGGAAAUAAGGUUUCAUUAUGAUUACGUGUGUCUGAAACUGUGUCUAUUGCUUUUACAAUUUGCGAGUGAUCAAAAUGAUUCUAAGGUGCUAUUAACAUACACAAAUAAGCCGGGUUUCUUGUCCAAAGUUUUAACAACUAUAAACAGUUCGGAUGAGAACGUAGCCUGUACUGCGCUACGGCUGCUCUCAUAUAUUGUCCAUUACUUCCAUAAAAAUAAUUAUCAAGCAAAAUCUCAUUUACAAGUAAAAACUGAUAUGCUAGUAAGAUCACUUAAACAAGAUAGCUCCAGUGAUCGGGGUAGCUCCUUACUACAACUGAUAUAUACCGUAUUAAGUUCUGGAGUACAUACACCGCUGGUUUUGACGUACUCUAUUGAGGAGAUACCUUCGCAGAACCAGCAGUGUAACGCGUUGAGGGCUUUGAUGUUUAGAAUACAGAUUAUACUUUGUUAUAGGGACUCAGAGCAUCGUUCAUCAGCGGGUUGGAAGACCUUAAGCUCUAUAUUUAAACACGCUAUUGUAUACAAAAACGAUCCAAAAUUAGUUGGACUUCUCACUUGCCAACCCUGGAUAUACACCCUUAUUAGAUUCCAAUUAGCGCAAGACGUGUCUAUAGAAUUCCUAACUUUUCUUAAAAAUUGGCUAAUUUUACUCAAAAUUGCUAUAAAGAAGCAUAGACAAGAUCGAAAGAUUCUUAUAUCUAAGUACAGUUUGAUAACUCGUACUAUGGUGUUAGUCAAGAAAUCCUUGGGUGAAGAAAAUAAUAAGGAAACUAAGGAUAUCGUCUUGAAUACUGUUGCAGAGGUUUUAGAGGAAUGUACUAGUAGAAAAUGAUCGAUCGAUCUUUUGUUGCCUCUGUUCAAAUACAUUUCAUACAAUUUCAAUUAAAAUUUAUUGGUUUAA